AUGUCGUCGCUCGAGGCCAAGAUCGUCGUCCUCGGCGCCCAGGGCGUCGGCAAGACGUCCCUCGUCAUGAGGUACUGCAAGGGCGCUUUUGACCCGGCAAAGAUAACUUCUACCGUCGGCGCGAGCUUCCUUGCGAAGCGCGUCGUCGACUCUGACUCGGACACUGUCGUGCGCCUGCAGAUCUGGGACACAGCCGGCCAGGAACGCUUCCGAUCCAUCUCCCGCCUCUACUAUCGUGGCGCCAACGCCUGCAUCCUCUGCUACAGCAUCACCGACGCCCACUCGUUCGCAGAGAUGGGCGUCUGGCUCACCGAGCUCCGCCGCAACCUCCCCAACGACGUCGUCCUCCACGUCGUUGGUACGAAGGCCGACAUCGUCGCCCGCGACCCCUCGGCUCGUCAGGUCCCCUUCGAGCGCUGCAUCGCCUACGUCGCCGAGAACCUCGCCCCGGGAAUGGGCAGCACUCCGCCUCCGACCGCGACCCCCUACCGCGACCCUACGCCCAUGUUGGGCGCCCACGCCAUGUCCCCUCCGACCAUCGAGCCCCGCAGUCCUAGUUCGAAGCGUAGCUCGGGCUUCUGGGCACAAGAAGUAGGCUGGGACGCUUGUCACGAGAUCAGCGCUGAGACGGGUGAGGGUGUCGAGGAGGUGUUCCGCGUCGUCACCCGCAAGCUCGUCGAGCAGAACCGCAAGAUGCAGCAGGCCCUCCUCACUGCCACCGCCAUCCCCGGCACUCCGGGCUACGAGACGGGCAUGGACGGGGGAUACUUUGAUGGCGCAAACCCUCGAUCCAGCUUCCGCGUCGGCCGUGAUCGUCGCAGCUGGCUCUUCUCCCCUGGCUUCUCCCCCGCCGUCACCGUCGAGCAGGCCGGCACCCAGGAACAGACCCUUCCGGACGACUGGAACCACAAGGAGCGCAAAAAGUGCUGUUAA